GGAGCUGUAGUGCGGGCGGUGCCGGAGCGGGCGGCCGCCAUGGCCCCCGGCGCGGCGGCAGCGCUGGCCCUGACGCUGCUGCUGGCGGCCGCCGCCCGCCCCGCCGCCGCCUGGGACCUGUGGGCGCUGCGCUGCGGCUUCUCGGCGGACUGCGAGUGCGGCUUCGGGCCCGACCUGCGCGGUCUGGAGUGUGACUUGGCCAUGAAUCUGGUGGGGCAGCCCCUGGUGAGGCAGCAGGUGGUGAAGGGAGUGAGGGAGUUCCUGGAGAACCGGAAUCCGGUGAAACCCCUGGUGAUGUCCUUCCAUGGCUCGACUGGAACAGGCAAAACCUACGUGAGCUCCAUGCUCAUCCGCUACCUCUUCCAGGGUGGACUCCAGAGCCCCUAUGUUCACCAGUUCUCUCCGAUAGUGCACUUCCCCCAUGCUGAGCGGAUAGAGCAGUACAAGGAAAGCCUGAAGCGCUGGAUCCAAGGGAACUUGACAAAUUGUGGACGGUCGGCCUUUCUCUUUGAUGAGAUGGACAAGAUGCACCCGGGCCUGAUUGACGUGAUCAUGCCAUUCCUGGGACCCUCGUGGGUUGUGUACGGGACCAACUACCGCAAAGCGAUCUUCAUCUUCAUAAGCAAUGCAGGAGGGGAGCAGAUCAACGAAAUGACACUGGCUCUCUGGCGUGCCCACAAGGACCGGGAGGAGAUCAGCCUUCAGGACCUGGAGCUGGCCAUCUCCCAAGCCGUGUUUGAAAACCCUCAGAGUGGAUUCUGGAAAUCUGGGAUCAUCAACGAACAUCUCAUCGAUUUGGUUGUGCCCUUCCUCCCACUGAAGCGCCACCAUGUAAAGCAGUGCGUCGUCAGCGAACUUAUCCAGCAAGGCCUCGAAGUACGUCCAGAUGUUGUCCAGGAUGUGGCUGACAGCAUCCCCUACUUCCCAGAAGAAGAGAAAAUGUUCUCAUCAACAGGCUGCAAAACAGUGGCCUCUCGGAUCAGUUUUUUCUUCUAGUCACUGGCAAGGGCCUUGCUUAGAUCCAUAGGGGAUGUAUAUGGAUCUGUAAAGCAGCAGAGCCCAGGGCUGGUGGGAUGAGCAGUGGGAGCUGCAUGUUCCCUCUUGGGAGCACAAGUGCUCUCCUGAACUCGUCUCUCCAGCCCCAAGGAGGCCACUGCAGGAUGCAGCUGUGGGACCAAGUGCAAGUGAUGUGAUCUAAAGCACUUUACUGAUGUACCCUUGGCCAGGUGAGGGUGGAUACGACCAGCCCAGCACACCACCCAAGACAACUGUGACAACAAGGAGAAGAUGCUAAGAGGGCCUGUAGUGUCAGGGAGGUUUCUUACCCUGUCGGCAGCACCCGCCUGCAGCUUUCUCCUCUCCUGGCAGCUAUUGAUACACAGCACAUCAAGAUUCUGAGCCCAAAGAAGAAUAUUUCUUUCCUAUGGCAUUUUAAUAGUUUUUAAAGACCUUUUUAAGCAUGGCUGUACCUCAGCUCCUUGGUACAAUGUGACAGUGCUGGUGCUGACUCCUGCAGUGCUGGCCUGUGAACACCUUCAACAUUGCAGCAAAGUUUUCGAGCCAACUUCUUUCCAGCUUCCUUUCACUGUGAAUAGGUGCUGGUAGGGACCAGCUUCACCAUCAACAAGCACGGAGGGGUUAAUGUGGGAGAUGGCAACACCUAAUCUGCCAAAAGCCAGGUUCUUCCUACCACCCCCUUGUCCAUCUUUCCCCUAAGGUCGAAAGGAUUUCCCUGCAGCAAACCAGGAAAACAACAACAAUAAGACUUUUCACUUGUUUUACCAGCUAUAAAAAAUUUCAGUCCUACCUCCAGGGUAGCCCAUGGUGCCACUAAUGGUUUUGAAAAUUCCUUUUAUUCAGUGAUGAUUUCUACAGCAGGCUGAGAGUUGGUGCUAUGAGCUGCUGAGCCUCUUGUACAUCCUUCUGCUGGUCAGACCUUGCAGGCUUUGGCUGGGCCAGCAUCCAUUCAGCUUCUGGGGAGUGUCACAACAGGGGACCUGGGGACAACCGAGAGAAGAUCAGUGCUCCACAGUGCCAAGCAUGGGGUGCACAGCACCACUGGCCUUUGCCCAGGUUUUAACCUCCUCUGUGCAAUCAGUUAUGGGAGAACAGGUCAGAGGAAUCAGAAUCAUUCACUCUCCAGGAACAAACUGCCCAAGGGGUGGGUGCAGGGACGCUUCCCCAGAGCUCCGAUGCUCCACUCAGGCCUUAUGCUGAAAUGCGCUGCCAGCGCUUGGGACCAUUCCAGCUCCAGGGCCAGAGCUUUGGGGACAGCAAUUUUAGACGCCACCCAAGUGCUGCCCAGGAGCUGGUCCGCAGACAGGCCCAAAAAUUCUGCCUCUUCCAAAAAUGUUAUGCAUUUCUAAUUUUGAAAUAAAUCUUUUAUGAA